CCCAGAGUUAAGUAUAAUACACAUGCUUUCUGAAGGGAGCAGAACAUUGUUUCAUAUCUUUUAAGAGGUCCAAUAUCUACGGAGUGAUUUGCAAGAUGAAUAGCGCCCUAAUCCUUCUAGUGGCCGUUGGUCUUUCCUGCUUGAUGGCAGCCCAAGCAGCAUCCUCAUUCGGCGUUCUAGCUGGCCUAGGAGCCUUGACGAGCGCUAUAAGCAAGCGCAGAUAUCACGGUGCUAGCCAUGGACGCGGCCAUGGCCAUGGAUAUAGAGCCCCUAAAAGAAAGUACCGUCUCCGCUUCCGCCGGUCCGUUGCAGAAGCAGCUGAGGAAGAUGAUGACCUGAUUUUAUCCGCAGUAGGACAACUGGAUCCCAACACCUGCGUCCCCAAGAUGUUUUGCCUCCUGCAGGCGAAGGAUGAAUCCGAUCGUACCCUAAAAGAGAAUAGGCUUGUGGAAAUGUUCACCGAUAAUACUAUGAAGCCAAAUUCCUACAACACUGCUUUCGUCUACGCUAGAGAUGUGGCCACAGAGACUAAAGACUCCUCCGCCUGCAAGAAGGCAUUCCCCAAAUGCUUAAUUGAUGAAGAGGAACUGAGUGAGCUGUUGGAUCUAGCUUGGGGCUGUGACUGCAGCUCGGGCGGCAAAGAGUAAAGUUGGCAGCUACAAACUCUGACGCUCCAGUUAGAGUUGUUAGUAUCUUCCUAUGGCUAGAACCACAGAAGGGUGAAAAGGUCCUAAUUCCACUGGACAGUGGAAAUCGUAUGUUCAUUGCGAAAAGAAAAGCUCUAAUUGCCCGACCGGUGUGCAUACAUUAUAUACAGAUAUUCUGUGCCUAUUUAUAGAUAAUAUUUAUUUUCUUCCUGCCUGCGAAUCUGCGGGUUGUUGAUCCAAAGACAGGAGCUAUUUUAAUUUCUGCACCAAAUGUUGUAUAGCUCUUACACCAUGUUGCUUAACAUGGUCAAAGAUGAUUUUAGACAAAUAAAUCUAAAUAUAUUUUCUAGAAUAAUUUGUUAUUCCCUUUUUUUUUUUUUUUUUUUUUUAAACUAAAAGAGUGCCUAUAUUCACAGGCACAGUGUACACUAAUUCUGACUGGGCCAACUAAGCCUAGUAUAUAUAAACUUAGUAUAUGUAAAGAUAAAUCUAUAUCUAUCUAAAUAUAUAUG